CUCUCUCUCUCUCUGAUAAAAGAGAGGCGUUUCCUCCUCGCGUGCAAAAAAAAAAAAAACAAAGAAGAGGACCGCGGUACUGCAAAGCCGACUCACACUCAUUCGGCGCGAGCCGCCGCAGAACCGACAGGAAGGUUCACACUCACUCACUCGCGCGCGCUCACAUCUGUCUCUGCGGCUGCAUUUUUUUUUUAAAGAGCGCGAGAGCAGGUGCACAGCUGGACACGGAUUUUUCCCCCCUAAUUAUUAUUUAUUUUAAUUUUUUUUUUGCUUUCACUUUUUCAUGGACUUUACACCUUUAUAGAUAUCCAUGUAUGUGUGUAUCGGGUCUAGUGGCCGCCGUUAGACUGGAAAACCCGAGGCCGUUCACUCUGCGGCGGAAAUUACCGGAGGAAAGUGAGCUCUUAUUCCCUAAAGUGCUGAGAGGAAAUCUCCAUCAUGAAUGAUGGUAGUGAAAGUCAUUUGUCAGAUUCUGAUGGCUGGCGGUCUCACAGUGUGACAGAUGGAUUGAGGAAUGGCGAUGCAAGCAACUCCACUCUGACAGCAAAAGGUUACCGGAGCGUUCGUCCCAGCCUACAUGACAAGAGCAGUCCCGUCCCGCAUGACAUAUCCCCACUAAGAGGUACCACCAACUUUGGUUCUGGAUCAUCCUACAGUCGUACAAGUCAGGACUCGCCUGACUUCCUGUCCGGGCCGAAUGCUUCUUCACGAUCUAUUUCAGCCCUGAGCCACUAUUCAUCAUCAACAGCCGUCCUUGAAGAACUGCAGAUCUGUGCUGUGGACUCACACGAGACCACGCCUACUCCCUCCCCCACACUCAGCCAUGCCUCUGUUUCCCCUGAUGAUGUCCCUGCACCCACUGCCUCAGCAAUGGCUGCUGACACUAACGGUCAAAUGGCGCUAAAUGGAAGUGUGCACUCACAGAGGCCAUUCUCUCCUCCAGCACAACGUCCUCCUCCACCCAUCUUUAGUCCUGGUCUUGAGCAAUUCCAGCAAACAAGACACUCGGAAGGUUCUGAGUCAGUACAGAGGGAGUCGGUGUCAGUUGGUGAGACGUCAUUCAGCAGUGUGACUCCUGUGGCUCGUUUCUCAGAGGAGGAAAAGAAAGUUUCAGUGAUCAAGGCACCUCAUUACAAGGGCAUUGGGCCUGUGGAUGAUUCGGGCCUCCCUCUCGCUAUCCGCACGACUGUAGACAGGCCUAAGGACUGGUACAAGACCAUGUUUAAGCAAAUCCAUAUGGUGCAUAAAGCAGAUGAUGACUAUGCAGACACAUACGGUGCUACCUACACUGUUGGGAAUAACGAGAACUUUGACCCUGUCCACGCCCACCCACCACCUCGGACACACACGUACCGGCCUCUGUCCCGAAACUCCAAUGAGCCCAGCAGAGCUCUGCCCCCUCGAGAGUUGAGCCCUGUCCCGCCCCCGCCCCCGCCCAUGCCCUCGCUCCUGCAGCUCCGCUCACAAGACCUCGACCGUGAGAAAGAGCAUCCGCAUGAUCCAAACGAAUGGAGUCCCCCGGAUCGUAAAGUAGACACACGGCGGUAUCGCGCUGAGCCACGUAGCAUCUUCGAGUACGAACCGGGCAAAUCCUCCAUCCUGGAGCAAGAGAGACCGCCUCCUAAAAAGAGGCUGGAUUACACGCCUGACUGCUCCGCCCACUCCCGUGCCCAGACGUCUCUCUGUCUCUCGUCCUCCGAGCAGCCUGAGAGCGACUCCAGUGACUAUAGGAAGAGACGAAAGUCGGAGCCGUUUGUCACUCAGCAAAGCACAGGAAAUGAGCAGAAUGCUCGUCCAGCCUCGAGACUCGAGCCCUAUAAAUCCAACAGUCUGAAGAAACCUGCUGUACGUUCCUCGCCUUCCUCUCCAGCAAAAGCAAAAGAUCAGGGCUCUGACGUUGGUCACCUCACACCUCCGAUCAGAAGACCUACUCCAGAUCGAGAGGUGUCCUCUAAGCAGAGGACAUAUCUCAUAUUGUCUUCUCUUCUCCAUCAGAGACAGUCUGCCAGGGCUAUUUACGACUUUAAAGCUCAGACCAGCAAAGAACUCUCCUUUAAGAAGGGUGAUGCAAUCAACAUUGUCAGACAGAUCGACAGCAACUGGUAUGAGGGAGAACACAAAGGACGCAUCGGGAUAUUCCCGAUUUCUUACGUCGAGAAGGUUGUGUCUCCAGAAAGGAAGCAGCCGGUGCGUCCUCCUCCCCCAGCCCAGCUCCGGGAGAUGGGAGAGGCCGUGGCUCGCUACAACUUCAACGCCGAUACCAACGUGGAGCUUUCGCUCAGGAAGGGAGAGAGAGUGAUCUUGCUGAGGAAAGUUGAUAAGAACUGGUAUGAAGGAAGGAUCCCUGGUUCCAAUAAGCAGGGGAUUUUCCCUGUGUCAUAUGUUGAUGUCAUCAAGGGAUCCCCUUCUAAAAGUCCUGGCCACCGUGUAGACACAUACAGGGCGCAGAAGCCCCAUCCUGCUUCCCUUGGCUCCGCCCCUUACCCCCACCUUCAAGAGGUCACCAGUGAAUGGCUGUCCCUCACUCUGGGCAUCACAGCCUUUUCCCCUUCUCCCUGCAGCACUCCAGUCCCGCCCACUCCACCACCUCCUAGCAUCAUCCACUAUCCCAGUACCCACCCAGUAGCCACUCCUUCACCACUCAGUCAAGCAUCAGCCACACUCCAGCCCUUGUCCAUGAUCUCAAAUUCACCUCCACCCCCUCCUCUUAUGUCCCCACCUCUUCUAUCCAACCCCACCUCUCUUGUGACAGACCACUCCCACUUAUUUAACAGCAGGAACCAUUUUCCAGCCGCACACACAACACCGUUACCCAAGAAGCCGAUUUCAGAUCAGAAUCAAGAGCUGUACGUUGUAGAUACAGAGGUGACCGGACAUAAAACACUGAUCGCGGAACAGCAACAAAACCGAGACCUAGAGAUACUCAAAACCCAUCCAAAUCCCUACGACAAACUUCUGACAAUGUUUCUCAGUAAUCAGUUAUUGCAGGAAGUGGAAUCCCUGGAGCCUUGUACACCAUUAGCUGACAAAUCAUCUAAAAGCUGUGUGCUAGCAUCAGCUAAUAGGUUACCGCUAACGAAACCAUGUCAAGAGUCUAUGAGUCUGACCAGCCAAUCAGAAAAUCCACCUGAUGAUGAGGGGUUUUACGGGAAACCAUCAAGCGUACUGAAUAACAGAUUCCCAGAACCUCCCAAACCAACAACAGACAGCUUUGAGGCGAGGCUUCCUCAGCUGUACAUACAGGAAGAGGGUGAUGAGCCUAUUAGAUCUUCUGUUUUCUAUCCUAUAAACGAUGCUCCGACACAUGAGGCCGAUCCCUGUCCUCUUGUCAGGUAUCUUCUCUCAAAGCCUGAUCAUUCCCCAUCACUGGCUCCUUCUCCUCCUCCUCCUCUUCCUCAUGAGUCCUCCCCUAUUUCCUCCACACGCAGUUCUUCCCUCCAUCUUUCUCCUCCCUCUUCUCCUAUCCCCUUGUCCUUUGGCCAAAUUGCCCCAUUCUCCCCUCCAACCUUCUCCUCGUCUCCUGCCCCUUCACCUACAUCUGAAGAGAAGCCCUCCUCAUCCUGUUGCUCCCCUCCUCCCUUUUUUCUUACCUCUCUUCCUACUUCUCUUCAUUCUCCUUUUUCUUCAUCUUAUAUACCCCCUCCUCUUCGUCCUUCUUCCUCCUUCUCUUCCUCUCGCCCUGCCCGCUCUCUGUCUCCUCCCAUCCCUUCCUCUCAUCCUCCGUUUUAUCCAUCACGGCAACCUCUCCUGCCCACCAUCCCUGCCUCUCCACCAUCUUCUCCAGUCCCCCCAUCAGUGCAAACCACACCUCGCACAAUCCCCCUCUCCUCUCUAGCCCCUCCCACAGAACAAACCAUACCUCCAACAAUUCCUCUCUCCUCUCCAGCCCCUCCCACAGAGCAAACCACAUCUCCAACAAUUCCCCUCUCCUCUCCAGCCCCUCCCACUGAGCAAACCACACCUCCAACAAUUCCUCUCUCCUCUCCAGCCCCUCCCACAGAGCAAACCACACCUCCAACAAUUCCCCUCUCCUCUCCAGCCCCUCCCACAGAGCAAACCACACCUCCAACAAUUCCCCUCUCCUCUCCAGCCCCUCCCACAGAGCAAACCACACCUCCAACAAUUCCCCUCUCCUCUCCAGUCCCUCCCACUGAGCAAACCACACCUCCAACAAUUCCCCUCUCCUCUCCAGCCCCUCCCACUGAACAAACCACACCUCCAACAAUUCCCCUCUCCUCUCCAGCCCCUCCCACAGAGCAAACCACACCUCCAACAAUUCCCUUCUCUUCUCCAGCCCCUCCCACAGAGCAAACCACAUCUCCAACAAGCCCCCUCUUCUACCCAGCCCCUCCCACUGAGCAAACCACAUCUCUGACAAUCCCCCUGUCUCCUCCAAGCUCUCCUCCCUCCAGCAGUUCAUCUUCUCCACCCUUGUCUCCUCCUCUUGUCCUCUCCUCCCCUCAAUCAUAUGUUGUCCCUUUCUCCCACACUCCUCCAUGUUUUCGUCCUCUCUACACUCCUCCACUGUCCCCUCGGUCACAGCUGCGUUCUCCUCACAUCAAGACGGUUUAUAAUCAUGCAGCGGUGGUUGAUGGGAAACCGCCACGCAGCCCUAUUUCCACCAGGAGGCGCUGUUUAUCUCCCUCCAUUUCCUCCAGUAGAGUACACAGGGUAGGACGGAGCGUGCCGUGACACUAGCAGCAGUGCAGGCUGGAACUGGAGUUCUCUCCUAAUGCCCUUUCCCCUGUUUGGAGUUCUCUCUGUGCAUGAAUCGGAUGAUGAUGAUAAUACUUAAAAGGUACACUAUGUAGGAUUUAGAGGAAUCCAUUAGCAGACGUGGAAUGUAGUAUAGAGUGCUCCGAGAUGAUGCUAAAAAUAGUAACACUGCGGUCUGCGACGCCAUCUUGGAAGUCACUCGUUCCAGAGCGCUCAUACACUACGUUCACACUGCAGGCUGAAGUGACUCAAAUCCGAUUUUUUCGCCCAUAUGUGACCUGUAUCCGAUCUUUUAUUGACAAUAUGAACGACACAGAUCCGAUUUUUUCAAAUCCGACCCAGGCCGUUUGGAUAUGUGGUCCUAAUUCCGAUUCCUAUCCGAUCUUUUCAUAUGCGACUUCAGUCUGAACCGCCAGGUCGCAUUCAUCCGACUUACACGUCAUCAACAAGCCACAAACGUCACUAUUCUGCGCUGAAGUAGGCGGCGGGUCUCUCAAAAAAAGUUACAGCAACAUGGCGCAUGACAUCAAUGCGACUCCGCACCCACACGUUCCUUUGAACGGAGGUUGCAGUCACUACCCCCCAGAACGCCUGAGCCAAAACCCUUGCCCUCUUCCUUCUCAACCUCCUCCUUAACAUCAGGCUAUUGUGCAUGUUCUGGCUCUGUCGCAACAACUGCAUCAUCGCCAGGUACUCCAUGCUGGCUACUGUCAUACACAGGAAACUUUAGGUUACUUCCGUAAACACUGGCCAUGCUCACUGCGUGUGACGUCGUCGUAUCCUGCAAUGCGCAUGCGGAACACUUUUAGGCCGCUUUUCGUUCAUACUGAGGAUCACAUACAAGUCGCAUAUAUUUGUUAAUGUGAACGACCUCACAAAAAAAAAUCGGAUUUCACAAAAAAAAUCGGAAUUGAGCAUUAAGCCUUGCAGUGUGAACGUAGUGAUAGAGUACACAUCAGCUAUUUACAUUCACCGAUUCGUUUCCGCGUUAGAGGGCUUAGAAGCUUGGAUUUUUUAAGAAUUUAGACAUCUGAAGUGAUGGAGCACUACUGUGAUAGUUUAGAUAAGCAGGCACGGGAGCGUUAUGCUGAGAAGGUACGUUUCAUUGGGAGGGUCCGCGAUGUGUCGGUGUUGACUGCUGAAGAUGGAGAGACAAAAGUGAUCAGAGGGAAAGUGUUACACUCGCAGAGACUAUCCCAGCCUAGUCUACACCCCUGGAUAAUAGUUACAAGAGACAUGCUAUUUUGUGUGCACAUUGCAACUGCAUUGCUGGACUUGGAGAAUGUUGCUCCCAUGUUGCUUCCCUGUUGUUUUAUGUUGAAGCGGCCACGAGACUGAGGGAAAGUACGACGGUCACACAACAGCCGGCAUACUGGCACAUUUAUUUUAGUAACUAUGAAAUUCAAGACAAUAUUAACCUACCUGUCACAAAGUGAUCAGAACAAAUCUGGAAACAGUCAAGUUGUCCUAAAUUUGAUCGGUUGAUGGCAGCCAGCCACUGUCGUCUCCUCCGUUUGCUUUUCUCCUGUGCUGCAAUUCCCUGGUUAGUCACGACUUUAGGGAGUCUGUAGAAGCUUUUGCCACCCUUUUCCCCCCCGGCUACUACAGCCAACAAUGACACACGUAUUCGGCAUUGUCACCCCUUUUUGCUUCGCUGAACAACAACAAUGCACUGACACAGCCUGACCCAGGCGACCUUUGACUUCCAAUAUGGCCGCCGCUGGGUUCGCGCUGACCUCGAAGCACUCUAUUCAUAAAUACGUGUUCAUUAGUGUGUAAUUACCUGUACCUAUGAAUCAUUGUGUUUUUGUAAGCUUAGAAUGAGCAUUUUACAUCUACAUAGGGUGCAGGUCGGAGGACACCAUGUUGCACCGCCAUGUUUUUACAGUAGCCCAGAAUGGACAAACUUCCAGAGAGCGCCUUUUGCAUUUUGUGUUUUUUUCACUAUAGGUACUUGGAAAGGGAGGGGUUAAAGUGCAUAUUCUGGACCAAUUUCGUGUUGUUUUUUUUAUAUGAAAGUAUGUCCCUUUACACACUCAUCCAGAAGGGUAAUUUUGCACAAGGCCAUCUGUCUACAGCAGAAAAAAAUAAAAUAACAAAACACAUCUGGAAAAAUCCCAAAGGAGUCUGGAGCCAGAUUCGUGACGUUACCUGCGGAAGCGCCAGCAGGCUGCGCGAGCUUUGCACGGUUUCAGUGCACAGCCUGUGUAGACCAAGCGCUCCCAUUUCUCUCUCAUUGUCCGGUCUUUUGGGAAACGAUGAGUACUAAUCCCAUCAAGAUUGGUGUUGCUACACCCUCCUACAAUACAUCUGUUAACCAUUUUAAUAAUUACGCGAUAACGUCGAAGAAAUUUGCAGAAAACCACCAGGUCGUUUUCUUAUCAACAAACCAGCGCUGAUGUAGGAUUCAGAAGGAGGCGUCCCGCACGCGACGUCACGAAAAUCAAUGUUUCCCGGGAAAUCCAAAUGCCAAGUUUUUUCAGAGGUGGACCAAUUCGCUUCAAAUGGCUUGAUUUCAACUGAAUUUUUCUGGUAUUGCGCAAGGUAAAAAAAAAUGCAGAGAAUGCAGAAUGUUACAGAUAUUUGACCAAAGUUUAAUAUAAAAUAGGAGAAUUACAUUGAUCUUGCUCCUGAAUUUACCCGUGAUAUGCACUUUAAGGAGGGGCAUUCAAUUGGUUCCAAAUCUGCAAUUUGACCACUAGAUGUCACUCGAUCCUACAGAGUGUACCAUUAAAAAGACGAUGUUGCUGCAUUGCAUCUGUGUGUUCUGAUCAUCAGGCUGGAGUGACUUCCUUUUCCAGAACACCAACACUGAUAUGAUAAAUAACUGAUAAAAUCUCUCUCUCUCUCUCUCUCUCUCUCUCUCUC